AGCAAAGUGCGUCGCAAUUUGACCCAGAUAGUAUUGGUCAAACGCACUGUAUUGGAUCUCUGUAAGAAGAAUGAGAUUCCGGCAAGUUUGUUUCCACGGCGGGUUAGCGAAGCAUGCAAAGCAGUUGGGUUAAAACUGCGCAAGUUUGCCUCUACGGAUGGGUCAUUACUCUAAACAAAAUCGCACAAUGUGAUUAUCAAAGGAACCAAUCACAUUCGAAAAAAGCCCAAGCCACCGGUAGAAUAUGCAACUAAGCUCCCGCCCCUCUGCCUUCAAAUGCUGCACUGCCUGCCACUGACCCAUUGCCUUCAAAUGCCCCACUGCCUUCAAAUGCCCCACAGCCUUCAAAUGCCCCACUGCCUUCAAAUGCCCCACUGCCUUCAAAUGCCCCACUGCCCACAGUCACCGAGACUUUCUUGAAGGACCACACCCUAUUACCAAUUGACCUCAUGCGGCUGCAAUUAGAAGCAGAGGGUAGGGGCCCUCCCAGGUCCCUCCAGGACCUGAGCCAGCGCCUGAAGCUGGCCAGGAACUCAAAGAAGCUGCUGUGGGAGGAGAUUGCUGGCAAGCUGACCGACCAUUUCAAAUGUACCUUUCCCCCAGACAAGGUAGCUCGUAAAUGGAACACGUUGGUGGAGGCGUACAAUAAAGUGAAGGACCACAAUUUGUCCACAAGGAGGGGCCCUGGUAAAUUUCAGUUUUAUACUGAGAUGGAUGACCUCAUGGGAGGUCACCACGACAUAGUCUUCCCUGUUGUGGGAACAGCCAUGGGCCUGGAUGUGCGCAGGCCAGGUGCCCUGCAGGUCAGUGUGUCUGCACCAGAUGCCUCACCUUCCUCGUCCACCAGUGCCGUCUCUCCAGCUCAAUCCGGAACUCCAUCACCUCCUCCGUCAUCCCACGGUGCUCCUCGCACAGCUACCACCAUGCCCCCUACUAACACCCCAAGGAGGCCACGCAAGCGCCAGAGGGAGGAGGAGCUGUUGGCGUUCCUUAGGGAGUCCGAGGCAGCCUCCCAAGCGGCCGCCCAAAAACGGCACGCUGAGACCCUGGCACAAAUGAAGGAAGCCCAGGAGGGGCUCCAGAGUUUGCUUGGCCAGAUGGUGGAGAAGAUGUGAAAUCAUUUUGUACAUUUUUCAUUGGAAAUGUUAAUGUAUUUUGGUUAAUGUUCACAUUUUUUAUAGAUAUUAUAUAUUUUAUUUUAUAUUAUAUGUGAUUUGAUAUAUUUUAUUUAAUGCCUUUUUACUGUAAAUAGUUGAGAACACUGAAAGCACUGAAACCUGUUCACUUUUCCCUGUUAUGUUGUUUGUCCGUGGGCCCUGUUUUGUUGUUUGUUCUUGGCCCGGAGGAUAGAAAGAGGAAACAAGGCACACUUCUGUGCAAUAUCUAUAAAAUAUAAAAUCAAUAAAAUCAAUAAAAUCUAAUUGAAUAUCAA